CUACUGUAUCUCUGUCUGUUUAUUUAGUUUUUCCUGCUAACUGGCCAGUGAGGCAGCUCGCAUUGCUCUGAGUGAGGACUCAGGAAAGGUGAGCUGUCAAGGGGGCUUGUGGCCAGGUCAGUCCAUUUUCCCCAGCUCCCUGCAGAGCUGUACAUUCAUCACUGUGACAGAACUGCCUGCAUCUUGUGGAUUUGUCUCUGUGUGAGUGACACCUGGGAAGGCGAGAGAAACCUGAGUGAAGAGGCAGGAGUCUGCCCCCCACCCUCCUGUGUGUGGAUGACCUCUGCUCCUCUAAUCUGCUCUUCAGCACCAUGAACAAGAUGAAGACCUUUAAGAGACGUUUUUCUCUGUCAGUUCCUCGCACUGAGACCAUUGAGGAGAACGAGUUCACUGAGCAGAUCAACCAGCUCAACAUUCGGCACACUCAGGGCCUGAGUGCAGACAGGCUGGGUCCUCCCUCUCAUGAUGCCAGUCCAAUGAGCCCUGAACCAACCAUACCAGGAGCUCAGUCUCCAUCCCAUCUCCACUACCACAGCAAGGCUCAGCAUAGACGUUUCUCCAUGGAGGAUGUCAGUAAGAGCAUGGCUCUGCCCAUGGAUAUCCGUUUGCCUCCAGAGUUUCUCAAGAAAUUGCAGCUGGACAGUGAUAACUCACCGCUCUGCAAACCUGCCAGUCGCAUGUCUCGACGGGCUUCACUGUCUGACAUUGGCUUUGGGAAACUGGAGACAUACGUGAAGCUUGGCAAGCUAGGCGAGGGGACGUAUGCCACAGUGUUCAAAGGGCGAAGCAAACUAACAGAGAACCUUGUGGCGUUGAAGGAGAUUCGGCUGGAACACGAGGAGGGAGCACCUUGCACUGCUAUCAGAGAGGUGUCUCUGCUGAAGAACCUGAAACAUGCCAACAUCGUCACGCUGCAUGACAUCAUUCACACUGACCGCUGCCUCACACUGGUGUUUGAGUAUCUUGACAGUGACCUUAAACAAUACUUGGACAACUGUGGGAAUCUCAUGAGUAUGCAUAAUGUCAAGAUCUUCAUGUUUCAGCUGCUGCGUGGACUGUCCUACUGCCACAAGAGGAAAAUCCUCCACAGAGACCUAAAGCCUCAGAACCUGCUCAUCAAUGACAAGGGCGAGCUCAAACUAGCCGACUUUGGUCUGGCGAGGGCCAAGUCCGUCCCCACUAAAACCUACUCCAAUGAGGUGGUAACUCUGUGGUACCGGCCUCCUGACGUGCUGCUGGGCUCUACAGAAUACUCCACACCCAUUGACAUGUGGGGUGUGGGCUGCAUCCUUUACGAGAUGGCAACAGGUCGUCCCAUGUUUCCUGGCGCCACUGUAAAGGAGGAGCUCCAUCUCAUUUUUCGGCUCAUGGGCACUCCAUCAGAAGAGAUCUGGCCUGGUAUCAGCACCAAUGAAGAAUUUAGGUCCUACCUCUUCCCUCAGUACAGACCUCAAGUUCUCCUCAACCAUGUGCCUAGGUUGGACACAGAGGGGAUUGAUUUGCUGUCUGCUCUGCUGCUGUAUGACACCAGGAGCAGAAUCUCCUCUGAAGCUGCUUUGCGACACCCCUACUUCCAAAGUCUGGGGGAUAACAUACAGAAUUUGGCAGACACUGCCUCGGUGUUUUCCCUCAAAGAGGUGCAGCUCCAGAAGGACCCAGGCCACCGCAGUUCAGUGUUUCAGCCUUUAGCUCGAGGAAAGAACCGGAGACAAAGCAUCUUCUAAAUGUCACAUAGAUUGAACAGAGACACAGAAAAGAGAAGCUGCCUUUUCAGACCACAGCACAAAGGACAACACCACUCAGCCCAUUCAUACACCUGUAUGUACAACUCAUGAGCACUCACUCAUUUCCAUGGCAGCUGACCAUGGAGAUGCACAGGGUUUGUGGAAAUACACUUGUACUGCAAUUUAAAUGACUGAGUUGAUGUAAACUCCCUCCCUGCUCACAAAUUUGCAUACAUUUGCACAGUCAGCAACCCUGGACAUGCUGCCAUUACUGAGUUUAACUAGAGACAUCAGAGAUUUACGUAUCUUGCUAAUACACAUACAUUUCCACCCACAAAAAGCAGACCUUUAUGAAAUAAACUCCUCCACUCUAUUAUAAUGUGCAAAUACAGUAUGCACAAGCUUGCAGAGCACACCCAGUGUCCUGGCCGUCUAAGGUAGCUACCACAUCUGGAACCAAACUACAGGUACAGGUGUAUAAACAUUUUGCCUGAAUACUAUGAGGGCAAACAUACAAGGAUGGUUUUAAAUAAAAUAUAAAUAUUUUCUUUUCAAAUUUUGCUUAGGCUACUGUUACAAAACACCAAGAUUUUUUUUUUACAACAUCCAAUAGUGCCUCCAAAUCCCAAAAUUUCCCAGCCAGAUUAACAGUGUCUUUCUGGAAUUUGUGGCUGUUUUCAUCAUGGCCAUGGCUAAGAUUUCAGAAAUACCGCUGUAAGUUCCCCAAACACACUUCUCACCAGCUUCUGAAACCUAAGUUGACUAUUCAGCUUCAUUUUGUGCAAAAGAAAGCCUAAAUGUUUGUAUGCUUUCUCUACAUUUCUAGGAGUAAUAAAAUGUUCCAAGUCAUACAAAGAAAAAGGUAAUGUUAGCUACAGGCACUAUAACAAACCCAGGAUGUGCAUUUUUAUGAAAGGUUAGCACAAUGUCCUUGAAAAUUCUCAGCCAUCCAGGUCAUAGAAUGCUGAAAAAACUGGACGGCAUCUGGACGUAGUUUUAGGUUAGUUUUUAGGUUAGCACAUUCUAACUGUUUUUGGCAUUGUUAGUCAGGCUAUAAAAAAGCUAACAAGAUAAUUAAACCACAAAAUGUUAGCAUGAGGCUGUCGGCCUCUAAAACAAACAUUAUCAGUUCAACCUCAUAUGGUACAUUAGCUAAUACAUAAUGCAUGAAACCAGUGCAUUUACAGUAGCUAUAUGUUAGCUAGCUAAAAAGAAAACUGGGGUAAUUUAACCAAAAUCAUGCUUAUCUGUAUGGCAGCUGUAGGUGUGUCACGUUACCUGAAAGCCUUGAAUUUGUACAUACAUAAGCAGUUUGGACACUGAAAUAGUAGCAACACACUGUUCUUUUGCAGCAACUCUUCUCAUGUGAAAUAACAAUAUAACCUAUUAUAGAAUCUGACUUGAUAAUGAAUAUAUAAUGUAAAUGGAUUAAUGUUAACAGAAUGGCCUUGCUACAGCGUCCUCGUGUUUCAACACACUGUGGGAUUUUGUUCCAUACAGUAUUAAAUGCUGACUUUCAUGCCAGUUUUUGAAGUUGCCUUAGUAAACUGUGCAUGCAUGAUUUGACUUGUGAAGAACUUAUAUUUGAUCCAGUGCAACCAUUGUGUUAGGAGGCAUUUUCUUUGUAUCUGUAAACAAUGCACUGAAUGUACUGUAUGUACUCCUUGGUCUCCUAUUUGCACAAACCAUAAGUGUCCUCUGAAGUCUGCUCCCUUCCCUGUAUAUCUUAAUUACAUGGUUUCAAUAUAUUACCCUGUAUUGUGCCAAGACCCCAAAACCCUAGACCAGUAAACUGGGAAAGUAUGUCCUACAAGUGCUUUCUUGUAGCAUAUUACUCUCAGUAGCAGUCACCACUACUAAUUUGCACAGCUCUAUUGCACCUGUUGCCAGGGAGAAGCUUUUGACCUGCAGAUCCACAAAGGUCAAUAUAUAAAAAUGCACACAGUAAAAGAUACUAAAGUGAACAUUUUAAAUUUUCCUUAGUGUCCUUCACAGUUCCUUUGGGACUUACUGGAAUUGAGCUCAAAGGUUAUGCUUAUGGCCUCGAUGAUGAAAUGAUCUGUAGCCAGUGAUGGAGGACUUGUAGCUAAACUACAACCUCCUCUCAGUUUUCAGCCUGACUCCCUCCAUCCUAUAUUUUCUUGUCCAACACUGCUGAGAUCAAGCAGAAAAGAAAGUGCUAAAGGCAGGCAUCCUAAUGAAAGCCAAAAAGUAAGAGUCGGUGCCAAAUUAAUUGAUUGAUUUUUGUGUGUGAUCAAGGUUGUCUAUUAAAUUAACGGUGCACUCUGAAAGAGAUGCUAGUUGUCUAUGAUGAAUACAGUAGUGGCUUCCUAUUGUCAUUAUUCUUCCAGCCACUAGAACUGCACUGAUCAGCAGACAUAUAAAUAAGGAGUCAUAUAUCAAGAUGGCACCAUCAUUCAUGUACUUCUUUGUUGAGAAUGAGUUAUAUCAAGCAUAUUUUUUGAUGUAGUAAAAUAAAUGGUGGACUGGUCAUGGAUUAAUUCCUUUGUAUAUAAUCACGAUUUGUUCUAAAGUAUGUAUGUGAAUAUUAUCUGUCAUCCAGAUUAUAUUACAUGCAGAAAUGCUAAGCAACUGGACAAUGACAUUUUGCUUUUCACCCAAAAGGCUUUGCUCAGUUCUGACUGACUUGGGAGGAGUACUUCUGACAAACUAAUUUAAUUGUCAUGUCAUUUAACCACAUUUGAAGGCAAACUGUUCUGAACAGCCACACCUAAAAAAUGGGUGAUCAGCCUGCUGUCACGAGUCAUAUGCUGGGAUAACACACAUUUUCAACACUAUGAAAACAACAGUCUUUUGUAUUUCUCAUGAAAAGUGACCGUGAGAAUGUAAAAUGACAGCUUGAAAGAAAUGUUCUAAUCCUACUUACUUUCUGACUGAGUGACAUAGGGAAUGUUGGUUUGAGCUAAAUACAGCAAAUGGUUCAGAUGUAUCUUCACUCAGUGUAUGGAUAAUGGCAGGCUUUUUUAUCUUUUUUCAACCUCUUUACUUUCAACCUAUUUCCUUUCAACCAUACCUUGGCCUCUAGAGUUGUAUGUUUACACCUAGACUCAUUUGACCCUAAGGAUCCUCUCACCCUGGGUUCCUCAGAUGUAUGUGCGCACUAACCUCUGCAAUUGUGGGCCUGGGAUAUGCUUCACAAAAUCUGAAGCCGACUAGUUCUUUGUUGAUGACUUGUACCCCUGACCCAAUCAUUUCCUUUUACACCGUCUUCCAGAACACGUUGGUAAUCAGAUCACUAAUAUAUUUACUAGAAAACAAUAACAUAAGUAGCAACCAAUCCGCCUGCACCAUGGUGACUCACAGCUAUUGCUGAAUGACCCUACAUAGAUUAAAUACCUGGACUCCCAACUAGUCAGCCAGAAUUGUUGAAGCCUUUCAGACGAGAGGUGAAACAACUUUAAGAAAUGUAGAAGUCCACGGCAGUUGAUUUAGGAGUGACUGUAGCUGGUGCAGAAUAACGUUUAAGGAAAAAUGUUGUCAUCAUCAAACCCUUUUCUCUACAUUGCUGGCAGAAAGAAAUUCAGGGCAAGGCAUUCAGCGGGAUAUAUAACUGGAUAUUACACUUCCAAACCUCCCCCUUUCCUCCCUCAGUGGCAGAAGUGUUAUUGUGUAUUUAGCUGUGGUAAAUGAAGCUAUUUUAAAUACUGUAAUGAAAAAAGAAAUAAUAUAUAUGUAUUUUAACAGAUGUUUUCA